AUCCAUUCUUGUGCCGUUUCUCGGAAAAGCUUUUCAGUAAAUGCACUCAUGCUGCUCCAGGAGCUCUUCUCUGCAACAAGCCGCCCAUCUGCCAUCAACAAGUUAAGACCAAGCAAACUAACGGCUGCAGAAAGGAAGAGACUGGAGCUCUGAUUAACCAGCUGAGCAGUUGGAGAAGAAGGAAAUAACUUAUAAUUCAAACUGAUUCAGAGGAUCAGAGUGGUCACAAAAAAGAAAGCCAACGGCUUUUUAGAGGAAUAUCCUAAAGAAAAUACAAACAACUCACCCUGGUGGAUUAAAUUUUUUACACAGAGCCUGGCACACAGAAAACAGGAAACUGCUGAAAGGCUCCUGCACGUUAGAGCCUUAUACGGACUCACUGCGCUGAGUCUAAGAACCACGACUGAAUGCAGCCUCCAAUGUGCUCAGAAGAAUGGGCUUACAUUUCAAGUGGCCAUUAGGGGCCCCUAUGCUGGCAGCAAUAUAUGCAAUGAGUAUGGUUUUAAAAAUGCUGCCUGCCCUGGGUAUGGCGUGUCCACCCAAAUGCCGCUGCGAGAAGCUGCUCUUCUACUGCGACUCUCAGGGCUUCCACUCAGUGCCAAACACCACAGACAAGGGCUCUCUGGGCCUGUCUCUGAGGCACAAUCACAUCACGGAGCUUGAAAGGGAUCAAUUUGCCAGCUUCAGUCAACUUACCUGGCUUCACUUAGACCACAAUCAAAUUUCAACAGUAAAAGAAGAUGCUUUUCAAGGACUAUACAAACUUAAGGAGUUAAUCUUAAGCUCCAACAAAAUAUUUUAUUUGCCAAACACAACUUUUACCCAACUAAUUAACCUGCAAAAUUUGGACUUGUCUUUUAAUCAGCUGUCAUCUCUGCACCCAGAGCUUUUCUACGGCCUCCGGAAGCUGCAGACCUUGCACUUACGGUCCAACUCCCUGCGGACUAUACCAGUACGCCUGUUCUGGGACUGUCGUAGUCUGGAGUUUCUGGAUUUGAGCACAAACCGUUUGCGAAGUUUGGCUCGCAAUGGAUUUGCAGGAUUAAUCAAACUGAGAGAGCUUCACCUGGAGCACAACCAGCUGACGAAGAUUAAUUUUGCUCAUUUCCUCCGGCUAAGCAGUCUGCACAUGCUCUUCUUACAAUGGAACAAAAUUAGCAACUUGACGUGUGGAAUGGAGUGGACCUGGGGCACUUUAGAAAAGCUAGACUUGACUGGAAAUGAAAUCAAAGCAAUUGACUUGACAGUGUUUGAAACUAUGCCUAACCUUAAAAUACUCCUACUGGAUAACAACAAGUUAAGCAGCCUUGAUUCUAAGAUUUUAAACUCCCUGAGAUCUCUGACGACUGUUGGCCUCUCUGGCAAUCUGUGGGAAUGCAGCCCCCGAAUAUGUGCGUUGGCCUCUUGGCUGGGCAGUUUCCAAGGUCGGUGGGAGCAUUCCAUCCUAUGCCACAGUCCUGACCACACCCAAGGAGAGGAUAUUCUAGACGCAGUCCAUGGUUUUCAGCUCUGCUGGAAUCUGUCAACCACUGUAACUGCCAUGGCUACAACUUAUAGAGAUCCAACCACUGAAUAUACAAAAAGAAUAAGCUCAUCAAGUUACCAUGUGGGAGACAAAGAAAUCCCAACAACUGCAGGCAUAGCAGUUACUACAGAGGAACACUUUCCUGAACCAGACAAUGCCAUUUUCACUCAAAGGGUUAUUACUGGAACAAUGGCUUUAUUGUUUUCUUUCUUUUUUAUUAUUUUUAUAGUGUUCAUCUCCAGGAAGUGCUGCCCUCCCACUUUAAGAAGAAUUAGGCAGUGCUCAAUGAUUCAGAACCACAGGCAGCUCCGAUCCCAAACACGACUCCAUAUGUCAAACAUGUCAGACCAAGGACCGUAUAAUGAAUAUGAACCCACCCAUGAAGGACCCUUCAUCAUCAUUAACGGUUAUGGACAGUGCAAGUGUCAGCAGCUGCCAUACAAAGAAUGUGAAGUAUAAUAUCCAUCUGACAUCAAAAAUCACAUCAGAUAAGUAAGAUAUUUUACAUAGUAGGGGCUAAAUACAUAUCUAAUUUUUACAAAUGGUGACAUUAAGCCUAAUUUUCCAAACCAAGUGGAGACUUAGUUUUGGAAGUGUUUUAAGUAUUUUAAAUUUUUUUUAAAACAAAACCAUAUUUUAAGUGUUAAAAAAAGCAAUGCUCACAUUAAUUUGCACUUCUACUGGAAAGCCGAAAAUGCUCACUUCAAAAUAAGAUGUUUCAUGUAUGUAAUUAUAUACUAUCAUGUAUAAAUAUUUACACUAAGGUCUCCAUAAGCUACGUUUUUUUUUUCCAACUGAAAACAGUAUGGAAAGAAGUUACUGAGCAGAAAAAAAUAGGGGGAGAUCAAUACUUAUUUGAUCAUUGCUCUCUAUUUCCAUAUAUAACAGGAUUGCUGCUUAAAACAGAGACUUAUCAAAGUUCUGUUAUGAUAAUUUGGUAGUAAUUCAAAUCAACAAUCUACUGCCAGGAUGAGAAGUAGAAUUUCACAAAUGUUGAAAUCUGUUAAAUAUUACACACGCUUCUUCCCAAGUUUUGGCCUGGGUUAUCAGAUAUUAUCAAAGUCUACAUCAUGAAAUCAGAAUCUUUCACAUAAUUCUAAUAAACUGAGUGACUCCUUAAUAUAAUUAAACAAUGAAUCCAAGUGUUUGUGAAAAAGUCCCAUCACAAUGAAAUCAAUACCAAAUAAUUACACUGACUUUUUAUCAUACAUCUACUUUGAUUUAUAAUGGACAUAUUGAUUUGUGUGGCAUUUAGAUUAUUAUUUUAAACUAGUGUAAAUGGUCAUUUUACUAAUUUACUAAAUUCUGUAUUUACAUUUAUAUUUUUAAAUAUUUUAAAACUAUUACAGAUGAAAGAGAGAAAUUGAGUCAAUUCUCUAUGGUAUGUUCCCUCCAGUUUGGCAAACAUACUUGUAUGUACAUGUAUGUGCAUGUGUACGUACACACACACACAGUCUCUCAAUAAUCAUCAUCAGAGAUUACUUUGCAAAAAAGAUUUAAAUCUUUUUCUCUUUCCCAAAAUUUCAAACCUCAAGGAGUAGAAUUAAAUAACUAGCUAGCAACAGGCUUAACACUGAUUCUUGUUGGAAGGUAUUAUAAAGAUAUGACUGAAAAAUCACAUUUUAAAAUAGAAUAUGCUAAACUUUGACCUUUUAAUACACAUACCAUCUAUAUUGUGAGAACAGUUCCUUCUAAGAAGGGAUUGGCACACUACUGAGGUGAACUCAUGGGUAGAACACUCUAUCUACAUGCAUAUACAGCCACACAGCAGUUAUCCUGAAGGUGGUGAGGGGUAACACGAUAAAUAGGAAGGGCUGUAUUUUAAAAUCUGUUUCUUAG